AUGAAAAACCCUGACACAUCCCAAACUGUAGUAGAGGCUCAGCAAGCUGGAGAAGAACAGCAAACAUCUCAGGACACUUUUCAAUACAAAUAUAUGAUUACUGAGCCUAAUAAAUGCCAGAAAAGCAACCCAUUUCUUGUUCUGCUUAUAUCAGUACAGGCAUGGCAAAUAGAGGCUCGUCAAGCUAUCAGGAAAACUUGGGGAAAGGAGGACUUUUUACCCGGAGUAAAUAUACUGAGAUUGUUUUUUUUAGGCAAAGAAAGUAAGACUGAUAAUGAUAUACAACACAAACUAGUAGCUGAAAGUCAGCAAUAUCAUGAUAUCAUCCAGCAGAAUUAUUUGGAUACCUACAAUAACCUAACUCUAAAGACAUUGAUGGGCCUACAGUGGGUUGCUAAUUACUGUCCACAGGCAUCUUACAUCAUGAAGACAGACAGCGACAUGUUUGUUAAUACUGAAUAUUUAGUGAAUGUAUUACUGAAACCAGAUCAGCCUCCUAAGAUAAACUACUUUACAGGUUAUUUAAUGAGAGAUUUUUCACCCAAUCGCAAUAAGGAGAGUAAAUGGUACAUGUCUCCGGAGUUGUACCCAGGUGACCGAUACCCUCUGUUUUGUUCAGGAACUGGUUAUGUUUUCUCUGGAGACCUGGCAGAAAAGAUACUUAAAAUUUCUGUAAACAUUAGGGUUCUACACUUAGAAGAUGUGUUUGUUGGCCUAUGUCUGGACAAACUUGGGGUUUCACCUAUACCUCCAUUGAGAGAUUCUGAUUUCAACCACUGGAAGGUUUCCUAUUCUCCUUGUAUGUACAACCAAUUAGUCACCUCCCACCAGUUUGAGCCCAAUGAACUGAUCAACUACUGGGAUGAUCUGCAAAAAAAUAAGCAUACCUGCAUCUAACUUAUCAGUUAAAACAUGUU